AUGGCCAGCUUUUUGAUUGAUAACUCCUUUGUCAAGCGCAAGCUAGCGAGCAAUGCCUUGUACUCUGCCUCGUUGUUUGAAGCCAGGAAGCCAAGCGUCAUAGCUUGCUCUAGCAGGGUUCCAUCUGGGGUGAUGGACGACGCCUGCUCCAGCUCCUUUCUGGUUCGACUCUCCGUCUACGUGCAACUACCACAUGUCUCUGGGUUGGUCAGCUUCUCUUCUUCGACUGAUGGUGUGAAUUCUGCAACAAAGUCUGCUAAGGCUUGA